AUGGCUCUCAGUACUGCUGAUCGAUACAGGGUGUCUAUGAAGAGGCCACACGACUUUGGCUAUGCCCUCUAUCAACCUAAACCAUUUACCAGACUUUGCCCUGUCAAAGUCGGCUACCUUGAUGAGUACCAGAACUGGCAUCCUCUGUUUGAUUUGGAGAAACCGGAUGACAUAGCUGCUGAGGGAUAUACGCCGUUUAUCCUCCCACGGCGUAGCGUUCCUGACGCUGGUCAAUGGGGUCCUUGCCUGUCAACCACGACCGUCGACACUCCGGUCGAUAUAUCCGCCAGAGGUACGCUGCAGGCCCUCGGGUUGCCCGCCGAGGUAACUGCUGUAGUACAAUAUCGCACGUUUACGGAUUUUGGAGCCGUGCUUAUGUGUGACGACAAAGUCGUCUCUGAGGGCUUCGACGUCCGCAACCCUUUUCUCGAAUGGCUAAAGCAAAAUUCCGGUCGACUCUUGGCUAAUUAUCCUGACGUGAAACGCUACGGACUGUGUGCGGUUACUUGGACAUAUUCGGCAACAGACAUUCAUAUCAAAACUUGGACGGACACCGACACUCGCGUUACUGUUGGCUUUGUCUCCAAGGCUGACCCGUUUGCCCACGGUGGCGUUCAAACGUCGUGGGCCAGGUCGCAAUCAAGUAGUGGCUGGUUCAGCUGGAAUGACCAAAAAAGAGUUAUUUUCUUCACCGGCGUGAAAAUCACAUUUGGAUUCUUUGGAGUAAAUGAGCAGCAAGAACGUGGCUGGCGUGGAGUAAAGAAAGAUAGUUGCUUCCUAGUCACAGAUUCGGCGCUUGAUGAAAGCUGCGAGGCCGAAGUAGAAAUUUUUGGUGAUGACUGGCAGGAGAUUAAGAUGGCGACUGACGAAAACGCAUAA